AGCCCCCCCUCCGCGCUCGGGAGCGAGGAGCCGCCAGCGCCCCCGCCCCGCCGCCGCCGCCGCCGCCGCAGCGCCCUCCGGCCGCCAUUCGGCACCGAAACUUUCCAGCGCCCGCGCCUCUCGGGGACUCGGCGGCGGCGGGCGGGGGCGGCCCGGGGGCGGCGCGCGGCUGCUCCGGGGCGCCGGGCCCUGGUCGGCCGCGGCACGGCCCGGGCUCGGCGACGGCCGGCCGGAGGGAGGAGAGCGCGGCCGGGCGCGGCGGCGCGGCCACAAGUUGCGCUGCGGGCGGCGAGGUAAUUGAAGAUAGAAGAGAGACCUCAAAGUAAGCCCGGGAAGGAGGAUUGGCCUGCCUUUGCUUCUGAGGGUGGCUUCACAUGUAAACAGGAGGUAACCUGGUGUCAGGUCGCAGAGUUCAGCCCUUGGAGACAGACAGGGCCCUGGAGGAUCAGCUUCCAGGAGCAGUGCUACUUUCAUCUAAUGAGAGCCCUCAAACAAGACCCAGCUUCGUAAUUUGAGCCCCAGGCUGGUGCCUGCAGACACUCUACGGUGUCUAUGAUCGCAUGCCGGGCUGCCCACUGGUCCAGAGGUCUCCACAUGACGUCACCGUAACGAGGGUGGCUCCCGCUUCGUAAAGACCUCAUCGCCGCGAGGUGAGGCUAAGAUGAGCAUAACCAGUGACGAGGUGAACUUUCUGGUGUAUCGGUAUCUCCAGGAAUCAGGUUUUUCCCACUCGGCCUUCACAUUCGGGAUCGAGAGCCACAUCAGCCAGUCCAACAUCAAUGGGACACUAGUGCCGCCGGCUGCCCUCAUCUCCAUCCUGCAGAAGGGACUGCAGUAUGUGGAAGCCGAGAUCAGCAUCAACGAGGAUGGCACGGUGUUCGACGGCCGCCCCAUAGAGUCCCUGUCCCUGAUCGACGCUGUGAUGCCCGACGUGGUGCAGACGCGGCAGCAGGCGUUCCGGGAGAAGCUCGCGCAGCAGCAGCAGGCCAACGCCGCCGCCGCAGCAGCAGCAGCCGCAGCAGCCGCUGCCGCGGCCACGGCCACGGCCGCCACCCCAACCCCAGCAGCCGUUUCCCAGCAAAAUCCACCAAAGAACGGAGAGGCCACGGUGAACGGGGAGGAGAACGGCGCGCACGCCAUAAAUAACCAUUCGAAACCAAUGGAAAUAGACGGGGACGUUGAAAUUCCACCCAACAAAGCCACAGUCCUUCGGGGCCAUGAGUCCGAGGUGUUCAUUUGUGCCUGGAAUCCAGUCAGCGAUCUCCUAGCUUCUGGGUCCGGAGACUCCACGGCCAGGAUAUGGAACCUUAACGAGAACAGCAAUGGGGGCUCCACGCAGCUGGUGCUAAGGCACUGCAUCCGCGAAGGCGGUCACGACGUCCCGAGCAACAAGGACGUGACCUCGCUGGACUGGAACAGCGAUGGGACACUCUUGGCUACAGGUUCCUACGAUGGUUUUGCAAGAAUAUGGACGGAAGAUGGUAACCUGGCCAGCACCUUAGGGCAGCACAAAGGCCCCAUCUUUGCCUUGAAGUGGAACAAAAAGGGGAAUUACAUCUUGAGUGCUGGUGUAGACAAAACAACUAUAAUCUGGGACGCCCACACGGGAGAGGCCAAGCAGCAGUUUCCUUUUCAUUCAGCCCCGGCUCUUGACGUGGACUGGCAGAACAACACGACCUUUGCCUCCUGUAGCACGGACAUGUGUAUCCACGUGUGCAGGCUCGGCUGUGACCGCCCAGUCAAAACCUUCCAAGGGCACACGAAUGAGGUCAACGCCAUCAAGUGGGACCCUUCGGGAAUGCUGCUAGCAUCGUGCUCUGAUGACAUGACAUUAAAGAUCUGGAGCAUGAAGCAAGACUCGUGCGUCCAUGAUCUUCAGGCUCACAGCAAAGAGAUCUACACCAUCAAGUGGAGUCCCACGGGACCAGCCACCAGCAACCCAAACUCCAACAUCAUGUUAGCAAGUGCUUCGUUUGAUUCUACGGUCCGACUGUGGGAUGUGGAGCGAGGCGUUUGUAUCCACACACUAACCAAACAUCAGGAACCUGUCUACAGUGUAGCGUUCAGUCCUGAUGGGAAGUAUUUGGCCAGUGGCUCCUUUGACAAGUGUGUCCAUAUCUGGAAUACUCAGAGUGGGAGUCUCGUCCACAGCUACCGAGGCACGGGCGGCAUCUUCGAGGUGUGCUGGAACGCUCGAGGAGACAAAGUGGGCGCCAGCGCAUCCGACGGCUCUGUGUGUGUUUUAGAUCUGCGGAAGUAAACACAAAAUGUUGUAGAGAGAGGAAAAAAAAAAAAAAAAGAAUGCUUAUGGACCAGCAGUGAAUGUGUGGGGUCACCGCUGUCUUCAAAUCCAUCAGCUCCAAACCCGGACGGGCUCAACUGGCGUUAGAGUGUACUUUGAAAUCAACGCGUCCCUGGCCACAGGAGUCUCAAUUUUUUUGUAAUUGUCAUCCAGAAGUUGAAAAAACAAAUUCAAAAGCAUAUAGAGAGUCAUAUUGGGGGAAAGGCUUCCGCCUAGGACAUCUAAGCCAGGGAAGGAAGAAGCCGUCGGCUGACACUACAGGGUUUGGUCUCCAUCUGGGAUGGGCUCUGGUGGGGUAGAAAGAAGCUGUGCCAAAAAAGCAAACAGAAAUGCUGUGAUCAGCCAAGAGGGGGCACCGCCUCCUGAGGGUCUGGGGUUUUUUUUUUUUUCCUCUAUCAGUUUGGACACCACUGUUGCUCUCGCAAAGGAUGCUCAAAGACCCUUUGUACUGAGGAAGCGUGCGACUUUGUAAUCCCAACACUUUUUUCUAGAACCUUCUUUGUGCAGUGGUUUUUCUGUCCGCUGGAAUUCUGUGGUCUGGGGCCUUCCGUGUGAGAUGGAAACUGUUUGGGGUUCCUUUGCUUCUGCCUCCUUGGUCAUAUCCUUGCCCUGGUGCCAUGCCCCUUGGGUCUUGUCUCUCUUCUCAUGCCCCCCCUGGAUAGACACGGCCACAUGGACAGGAUGAUGUCAAGAGCAAAGCUUUCAUGGACAGCUCUCCCCACCCCGCCCUCCCCGCUCCCCUUCGAUCACACAUAGCUGCUCCACACCUUAGGUCUCAAGGGCACUUUCGGCGCAUAAAUAAGUGCUUUAUGUAAGAAGGCAGGGAGGGGGACUUUUUACAGGAGAAAAAAAAAAUUGUCUUAUAAGAGAAAGAACCUGGAGUAUUUUUGGAAAAAAAAAAUAUUUUUAUGUUUAAACAAUUUUAAAAUCCUAAAAUGGCCAUCAGACAUAGAGAGCUUUGUGUGAUUCAUACUUAAAAGGGAAAGAAAAAAAAAAAAAGAUGUCACAGGCAACCUGAGGUAGCUCACCACUCUCCCAUCGGCUGUAUGGAAGGCGUUUGGGAAGACCCUGGGUGGAAGAUGGUCCUGCGCACCAGCAGCUGGUGCAAAAGAAGAGAGGGAGGCCUCCAAACCGACAGCCAGGCUCCGCCGCACCUGUCACCUAUGCCUUUUCCCAGAGGCGCAGCUUCCAGUGGUCACUUCACCAAGAGCAUGCUGGGAAAGUCCUUGCAAAAUAGACCUGAAGGCUCCCCAGAGCGUCCCUCAGUCUAGAGAUGACAGAAAAUGAGCACGGAAGGAAGAUUGUCGUUCCCAAAGGAGAAUUCUUGCGUAGGUAGAAUGUUACUAACCACUUCUACCCGCUUUAUCGUUUCUUUCACAGGAGACUAGAAAAAAGGGUGAGGGCUUUUUGUUGUUUUUGUUUUAAAAUAAUGAAUCUUUACUAUUUUUAAAAAAUUAAACAAGGCUUUGUGUUCCUAGCAAAGUUUGCUUUCGUGGGAUCAGGUGACUAUGGUACCCUGGUCAUAAUUUAACACUGACUUUAAGUUAGCAAUGGAGGAACAGAUGGAGAGCGAGGGCCUCUUCUCUCGUGGAUUUUCUUCUGGGCAGAGGGAAGGGCAGGAAACAUUGGCCAGGGUGUGUGUUCAAUCAGCUGUGUGUUCCUGUAGCUGAAGCAGGGUGUAACCCAGUGGGAAGCAUCUGUCCAUGGAGCUGAAAGUCCACCACAUGGAAGACCAGGGACUUCUUACCCAACUGAGCAUGCUCAGAGGCCAUCUGUAGAUGCCAGAGUGCACUGAUCCUUCUCAGACCAUGAACUUGCCUCCACUUUGGUACGUGAAUUUUUCAAGCCCAGAAAGACCAAGAGGUGCUGUGUUAUUGAGUUGAGUGCUGUGUUCCAGCUGUGGUACUUGAAUACUCAGCAAAGAAAGCCAAAGUUCUGUGGGGUCACCAGUGUCAUCACUGAACAGAGCAGGUGUCACCAGAUAAGUUGAUAAUUUCCUGCGCUGAGGAUGCAUUGUGUUUGGUGUGCAGGUUGUGGGGGCUCCAGAUAAACACCAUCUUUACCACUCUCCAAGUAAAAAUAUGUUCCUCUCUACAGAAUACCAGCUGUCCAAAGUCAGCCCAUUGCUGGGAUGUGGCUCCUUGGCUGAGCCCCGUACUGCCAUGGGCUGUAUCAGGGAGUCACUAGACAAUCUGCACAUGGAUGUCAGGGUCUCACUGAUGUCUCAUUAGCCCCUCGGUGAAUCUAAGCCUCAUCAGAAUUGUUAGAUUGGAGCUGAGGGCUGCAGGCUCAUGACUAGUUCCUGCCCAGGAGGGAGCCCAAGAAGGACAAAGCAGCCUGCCCACCUUUCUGCUUCACAGCUAGCCACUGGAGUGGAGUGAGCGUGGGCCACCAGGGGACCAAGCAGGGGCAAGCAGCUCGUGCCCCGAAGGCCAUCCCCACUCCGCAGAAUCCCACGGUUGACAGCAAUUUGUGGAGCCUCCAUGUCCGCAGACCAUUGUUCACCCUGCUGCCAGAGUGCCACUAGAUCCAUCUUUGUAGUCGAGGGGGCCGUGUAUCAUGCAAUUACUGUUCCACGUUGUUUACAGCUCUUCAUCAUUGUGAGGAAUGCUUAAGUCUUAGUGACCAAAUUUAACCUUGAAAGCAGACAUAAUGCAGUUAUCUCUCUGGAAUCUUCGGUGGGGUUCGAAGUGACCAAGAGCCACGUCCAGCACAUGCCUGGGAAGGGGGAGCUGCCCCACAGGGGCCUGGAAGGGCCAGAUGGACGUUGCAGGGUUCAAUGUUCUGACUCCGCUCGACACCGUAGGACUCGACUUUUUGUUGUUUCUAAAAAAUAGAUCAUGGAGCCAAGUGAAGUGCACUUUGUCAAACGUGAAGAUCUGCUUUUUUCCCUUGUUCUUUUUCUCCUUUUUUAACCUCUCAUUUCACCUCUUUUUUCUUCGUCAUUGUGUUUCUUGUCAAACGCAGAAACGUUUCUCCCGCCACUCGCUGAAGUUUUGAAUUCUGGCUUCUGCGGUUUUUAUUGUCUGUGUCAGACGUACAGCCAGAUGUGGUUCUGUCAGCAUUCCCCAGAUUCUGUUACACCACAGCUGCCCCCAUUUUCUCUACCCCCAGCCACUCACCCCUCACGCUCUUGGGAAAGAAAAAAAAAUCACCUUGUGUGUCAUAGCUCAUUUGUUUCAAGAGAGAAUCGACAGAUCAUAUUCAGUGUCUUGAAUAAAUUGCUCUAUUUUGAUAUUAGA